AUGGCGGCCGUGAGUCGGGCCGAGUACCUCAAGCGCUACCUGAGCGGCGCCCCGGAGCAGCCGAGCAAAGGGAAGCCCAGGGCCAAGCUCAAGCGCAAGCGCGGCGUCGAGAACCGCGAGGGGGUUCGUAUCAUUGACGACGAUGUGGAUUGGAGGAUACCUGUGGUUGCCGAUGAUGACGCCAACAAGGCGGCGGAGGAAGAGGAGGUCCCCUUGGUUGCGGAGUUCGUCGAUGAGCGACCUCUGCACCUGCAAAGGAUGGAGGAGUUUCGAACAAACAGCAAGUGGAAGUUGCUUGGCCAAGAUGAUUCUGAUGAAAACACGACGGAUGAGAACACGAGACAGAGGCAUGACACCGACUCCGACUCCGAUUCCGGACGUGCUUUCAAGGGCGCCGUGAUCCAGAAAAGCCCCCAGAAUUCCAACCGCCAUGACUCCAACUCUGACUCGGAGCAUGAGCCGAAAACUAAAAACAAGCUACAGCAUUCCAAGUAUAAUUCUGACUCGGACUCUGAUCUUUCACCUGUAAAGAGGCACAGAGCAAAAGAAUCAGGAAAAUCCCAAAAGAGGACAGGCAAGGUGGGGGAAGAUGCAGGAAAGGGUUUGAAUCGUGCGGGAAGUCAGCAAGACUCGGACUUGGAUAUGUCACCUGUGAACAGACGCAGAGCAGAAGAGUCGGUAAAAUCCCUAAGGAGGACAGGGAAAGUGGGGGAACAUCGAGGGAAGGGUUGGAAUCCUGCGGAAAGCCAGCAAGACUCGGACUUGGAUAUGUCACCUGUAAACAGACGCAGAGCCGAAGAGUCGAUAAAAUCCAUGAGGAGGAAAGGGAAAGUGGGGGAAGAUGCAGGAAAGGGUUCGAAUCGUGCUGAAAGCCAGCAAGACUCAGACUCGGAUAUGUCUCUUCCGGACAGGAAUGCCAACGGCAACCUCUCUCCUCCACGCAGGAUGCUCAAGGGUGGCCUGGUUCCCGUGGCGAUAGUGAGGAAAGAGCGAGAGCGUGAGCGCAAGGAGGCGGCGGAGACGAAUGCCUGGAGCUCCAGCGCAUCGCGGGAGGCCAGCACCGUGUUCCGUGAUCGGCAGGGACGUGUGCGAGACCUGCAGCAGGAAAAGCUGGUGAAAGAGCAGGAGGCAGCAGAGGAACAGAAGAGACAGGAGAAAUACCGAACCUGGGGACACGGGCUGGCGCAGGUGGAAGCCGAGCAGCGCAGCCGUGACGACGACGCGCACGCGGCGAGCCGCCCCCUGGCCCGUUACCGUGAUGAUGCCGAACUGGACGCCAUGCUGAGGGCGAAAAUGAGGGACGGGGACCCCAUGGCCAAGCUGUUGUCUCGCCCGGACAAGUCGGACAAGCCAGAACAAGCGGCUAAGCCACGCUAUUCUGGUCCAGCUCCCACCGCCAACCGCUACAACAUCUGGCCGGGGCACAGAUGGGAUGGCGUGGACAGGUCGAACGGCUUCGAGACGAAGAGAUUUACUCAAAUCUCCGAGAGGAAAGCACGCAACUUAGAGGCCCACAAGUGGAGCGUGCAGGACAUGUGACAUGCUUGGCGACACAUGACGACACGUGAAGAUGUGACUUUGUAUGACGCUGCACGUGGCGUGUGAUGGCGACUGUGAUUUUCGAUAAAAAAAACGAGGCGUAUUUUUAGUGCACAGUCCCCCCACAGUACACCACGCCCUACCAAUAUGCCAGCACACAGCACCUGCCAUAUCCUACACCAUGCAUUGCACCACACCACGUGGCAGUACAGUACUGCAGGAGAACACCCUGUUAUCCUACAUGUUAUGUGGGACCCAGAUUGCGGAGCCUGUUACCAACGGGUAAUUGUUUUCGGGGAACCCUUCAGCUCUGGUGGAUAAUAUCAGCCGAGGCUAAUAGAGUCGUGGAUAAUGGGCGUUAUGUUUAUCAUUCCACUCUUUUUCAUGCCACCUUGUACCCUGUAUUGCCAAUAACUACAUGUCACACACCCUCACACUUAUUUGUAUUGUAAUAAUUGUAAGGAUAUAAUUUGUUUUCAUACAAUUAAAUAAAUGUGGAUUUGGGUUUAUAA